UCAGGAAGAAAUCACAAUAAAGAACAAUUUAUCUUUGUUUACAAACCUUGGGUCUUGUCACACCUAGCUGAUUUCAUUGGUCUGCUAUUUUAGUGUAACAAUACUAAAUAGAAGGAAAAUAUUUUCCUUUUGCUCUAGGCAGUAAAAUACUUUCUUUGUUCUAGAACCAGGAAGCCUUUAUACCUAAUACUUUUUGGUGGCCAGGACUUGGUGGCCGCCUUUACCCUAUGACAAACAGCUACAACGACGAAAACUCCAAAGGGAUUACAAAGCCUUUACACAUCUCUGUUGAUUGCUUUUAUGUCCCAAAUUCCAGGAAAUCGUUUUGCAGAAUAUGUAUUCAGACAUUCUAGAUCAAUCUUACCCUUAAAAAUUGGCCUUCCGCUGUGUAUUUAGAGCGUACCAGCGUUGUAACCGCUGUGAGUGGGCCUUGGAGCAGUCCAUGAAAGAGAGCAGUGAUGGACCCAGAAAUCCUGAAGAAACAGAGUGCAGAACAUAGAAGGAAGACAGAAAGCUGGGUUGGCCUAGGUUUUAGUUGAUUGGCAGAGGCCAGGAAGUUUGCUGGAGUGAAAUGGAGGCCUCGGUGAUAUUGCCCAUCCUGAAGAAAAAGCUGGCCUUCCUGUCAGGAGGAAAGGACAGACGCAGUGGACUCAUCUUGACAAUCCCGUUAUGCCUCGAACAGACAAAUAUGGAUGAGCUGAGUGUCACCUUGGACUAUCUACUCAGCAUUCCAAGUGAGAAAUGCAAGGCCAGAGGAUUUACCGUGAUCGUGGAUGGCAGGAAGUCUCAGUGGAAUGUAGUGAAGACAGUAGUCUUAAUGCUGCAGAACGUUGUUCCGGCGGAGGUAUCCCUUGUUUGCGUAGUGAAGCCAGAUGAAUUCUGGGAUAAGAAAGUAACACAUUUUUGCUUUUGGAAAGAAAAGGAUAGACUUGGCUUUGAGGUCAUUUUAGUGUCUGCCAAUAAGCUGACGCGCUACAUAGAGCCAUGCCAGCUGACAGAGGACUUUGGCGGGAGCCUCACCUACGAUCACAUGGACUGGCUAAAUAAGAGGCUGGUCUUUGAGAAGUUCACGAAGGAGUCUACAUCAUUGCUAGAUGAACUUGCUCUGAUCAACAACGGAAGUGAAAAGGGGAGCGAGCAGGAGAAAGAGAGGUCCGUGGAUUUGAACUUCCUUCCAUCUGUUGAUCCUGAGACGGUUCUUCAGACAGGGCAUGAGUUGUUAUCUGAAUUACAGCAGCGUCGCUUUAACGGCUCCGAUGGAGGGGUCUCGUGGUCUCCUAUGGAUGAUGAGCUGCUCGCACAGCCACAGGUUAUGAAGCUGUUAGACUCGCUCCGGGAGCAGUACACGCGCUACCAGGAAGUGUGCAGGCAGCGCAGUAAGCGCACACAGCUGGAGGAGAUCCAGCAGAAGGUCAUGCAGGUCGUGAACUGGCUUGAAGGACCUGGAUCUGAGCAGCUGAGAGCACAGUGGGGCAUCGGCGACUCUAUCAGGGCGUCCCAGGCCCUGCAGCAGAAGCACGAGGAGAUUGAGAGCCAGCACAGUGAGUGGUUUGCAGUGUACGUGGAGCUUAACCAGCAGAUUGCAGCACUCUUGAACGCUGGAGACGAGGAAGACCUUGUGGAGUUGAAGUCUCUGCAGCAACAGCUUAGCGACGUUUGCUACCGACAGGCCAGUCAGCUAGAGUUUAGGCAGAAUCUCCUGCAGGCAGCUUUGGAAUUCCAUGGUGUGGCCCAAGACUUGUCUCAGCAGUUGGAUGGCUUAUUAGGGGUGUUGUGUGUAGACGUAGCACCAGCCGAUGGAGCAUCGAUUCAGCAAACUUUAAAACUGCUUGAAGAGAAGCUGAAAAGUGUUGAUGUGGGAUUACAAGGCUUACGAGAAAAAGGCCAAGGUCUCCUGGAUCAGAUCUCCAAUCAGGCUUCCUGGGCCUAUGGAAAGGACGUAACUAUUGAAAAUAAAGAGAACGUGGACCACAUACAAGGAGUGAUGGAAGACAUGCAGCUCAGGAAACAAAGAUGUGAGGACAUGGUAGAUGUGCGGAGGCUGAAGAUGCUUCAGAUGGUGCAGUUGUUUAAAUGUGAAGAGGAUGCUUCCCAGGCGGUGGAGUGGCUAAGUGAACUUCUGGAUGCCCUGCUGAAGACCCACAUCAGGUUGGGCGACGAUGCUCAGGAAACGAAAGUUUUACUGGAAAAGCAUAGAAAAUUUGUCGACGUUGCACAGAGCACUUACGAUUACGGCAGACAGCUGCUGCAGGCCACAGUCGUGCUGUGCCAGUCUUUGCGCUGUACCUCCCGGUCCUCAGGGGACACACUUCCUCGUCUGAACAGAGUGUGGAAGCAGUUUACAGUAGCAUCUGAAGAGAGAGUGCAUAGGUUGGAAAUGGCUAUUGCCUUUCACUCAAAUGCUGAAAAGAUUUUGCAAGACUGCCCGGAAGAGCCUGAAGCGAUUAAUGAUGAGGAACAGUUUGAGGAGAUCGAAGCCGUUGGGAAAUCACUGUUGGACAGACUCACUGUUCCCGUGGUUUACCCCGAUGGAACUGAACAAUAUUUUGGGAGUCCAAGUGACAUGGCUUCUACUGCAGAACACAUCAGAGACAGAAUGAAAUUGGUCAGUCUCAAAAGGCAGCAGCUGAGACAUCCCGAAAUGGUGGCUGCGGAAAGCUAAUGUCCCCAGCUCCAUAGAGCUGCAGGUCAUAUGCCCACACAUCUUCGCUGUUGGCAUACGGCAGGGUCAGCCACAGCUCAUUAAGAUACAUUUCACAGCAGGAUAAGGCUCCUUUCUUUCCACAGCACGCCUCUCUAAAUGCUAAGGCCUCUCAGCUACCGAGGCACAGUCAUGUGACAUGCUUUGAGAAUGUAGACUCCAGGUAUCUUAGCAGGAG